AGAAAGAAACUGUUACAGAGUGACUACAGUGUGCAUACUGCUGCUGUGUGUUCUCCUACUGACUGCCAUCACAGUGCUGUGGAUCAAAUUCAACAACAUGACUACAGAAAAAGACCAGUUAAUGACCAGUUACAACAAUCUGACUACAGAGAGAAACCGGAUACAGACCAGAUACAAUGACCUUAAUAUAGAGAGACACCAGUUACAGACCAGUUACAACAACCUGACUGCAGAAAGAGAUCAGUUACUGACCAGUUACAACAACAUGAAAAACAAAAGAGACCAGAUUCAGACCAGUUACAACAGGGGGAGAAACCAAAGCGACCUGUUACAGACCAGAUACGACACCCUGACUAAAGAGAGAGCCCAAUUACAGACCAGAUGCAACACCCUGACUAAAGAGAAAGACCAGUUACAGACCAGUUACAACAACCUGACUAUAGAGAGAGACCAGUUACUGACCAGUUACAACAACCUGGCUAAAGAGAGAGACCAGUUAAUGACCAGUUACAACAACCUGACUAAACAGAGUGACCAAUUAAUGAGCAAUUACAACAACCUGACUAAAGAGAGAGACCAGUUACAGACCAGUUACAACAACCUGACUAUAGAGAGAGACCAGUUACAGACCAGUUACAACAAUCUGACUAUAGAGAGAGACCAGUUACUGACAAUUUACAACAACUUGGCUAAAGACAGAGACCAGUUAAUGACCAGUUACAACAACCUGACUAAAGAGAGAGACCAGUUACUGACAAUUUACAACAACCUGACUAAAGAGAGAGACCAGUUAAUGACCAGUUACAACAACCUGACUGGAGAGAGAGACCAGUUAAUGACCCGUUACAACAACCUGACUAAAGAGAGAGACCAGUUGAUGACCCGUUACAACAACCUGAGUGAAGAGAGAGACCAGUUAAAGACCAGUUACAACAACCUGACUGAAGAGAGAGACCAGUUAAUGACCAGUUACAAUAGCCUGAGUAAAGAGAGAGACCAGUUACAGACUAGGUACAACACCCUGACAAAAACGAAAGAAGAGUUUCAGACUGGUUACAACACCCUGACUAGAGAGAGAGACCAGUUAAAGACCAGUUAUAAUACCCUGAGUAAAGAGAGAGACCAGUUACAGAAGCAAAGAGAUGACCUUCAGAAUAAAUUGACUAAUUUGGGAUGGAUAUUCUUUAGCUCCAAGCCUUACUACAUCUCCACUCAGAGGAAGACCUGGACUGAGAGCAGACAGGACUGCAGAGGGAGAGGAGCAGACCUGGUGAUCAUAAACAGCAAAGAGGAGCAGGAGUUUGUGGAUAAUUUGAGCAAGAGCAAGAAACCUGGCGUUUAUAUUGGUCUGACUGACCUUGAUAAUGAAGGAGUGUUUAAAUGGGUGGAUGGAACAUCAAUGACCACUGCGUACUGGUCAUCUGGAAAUGUUUUUUCAGAUAGUGAGGACUGUGUGGUAAACAGGUAUGAUGGAAGUGAUGGAUGGUAUGACAGACCAUGCACAGAAACUUACUACUGGAUCUGUGAAUAACUCGUCUCCAGUAACAACAUAAGACCAUCAUUACAAUUACACACACACACAUACAGCAACUGUAGCCAUACUAACCCAAAAAAUUAAUCUCCAACUAGAAAAAUGAGUGAAAUCUAAUAUUUAAUUGAAGUAAAUUCUUGCUAAGAAAAUAAAACAUAUUUAUGUAAAAAUGAGCAAACAAACAUAUUUAUUAAAAUUAUUGGCACCCCUUGAAUUUUUUAUGAAGAAACUACAACUGAUGCAUAUUCGCAUUUAUAUUUAUGUUUUCAAGUUCACCUGAGUGUUGAGGAACUCUUAAGAGGGAUAUAAUUAUGAGGUGACAGAGACCAUAAUCCCUUAGUUAUCUAUCAAAGAAGAUUAGAGAAAUGAAAUGAAACAAAAGUGCAUUGACCUUCAUAAAUCAGGCAAUAGCUAUGAGAAUAAAUACACGCCUGAAAAGGCCCAAUACUUCUGCAUCUGACUGUAACAAAAGCAUUUUUAGAAUGAUUUUUGCUUGCAAAUAAUGUCAAGAUGAAUGAUUUUUAUAUUUCAAAUGUGUGUACUUUUCAUUUGCCUGUGUACUGUUUGCAUGCAAUGUUUUAAAUAAAUCUAAAGUGAUAUGUAAAAGAUAUUAGGGACUUUCACGCCAAAGAUUGUGGCACAUACAGUCCCCUGCGAAACUAUUGGAACGGCAAGGCACUUUUUUUUUCUGUAGACUGCAGACAUUUGGGUUUGAGAUCAAAAGAUGAAUAUGAGAAGAGAGUUUGGAAUUUUAGCUUUUAUUUUCUGGUAUUUAUAUGUAGAUGUGUUAAAAGACAUAGAACAUAGCACAUUUUGUAUCAGACCUCUCGUCUCAUAUGCAUCUUUUGAUCUUAAAACAACUGAAUUCACCUUGCUGUUAGUUUUGGAAGGGACUGUAUACUGCUUGUGAGUAGCCUUUUUUUUUUUUUUUUUUUUUUUUUUUUAAAUAAUAACCUUGAAUAAAAUAAAAGUGCCUUCAUAAUUUUGCACUGAUUGUCCCGUCAUCCAACUUUUAAUUUGUAUAUACCAAACUGUCCCAAACACCUGUACACAGACCUUGUUGUGUGGCAAUCAAGUAAUUAAAAUAUUGAAUCAGUUAAUUAGUUGAAUUAGUGUCUCUUUUAUUCUUGCAAACAAAGGCAAAUGUGGACAUACUGUAUCUAUAUCUCAG